AAAUCAAUUCAAUUGGAAGUCAAGAAUUCGUAUCUUCAUCCUCUAGAAUUUUUUUAUAAAUGGAAAGUUUAUUGUUAAAAUAUUGUUAUAGCUUUCCGAACUGUUGCAGAAGAUUACUUACUCGUACUUAGAAAAAUGUUAGAUUUAGUAUGAAUGCGAAAUUAUAGUCUGAUCUAAAAGCAGGAGGGAUGAACAACUUCAAAUUAAAGUGCUGGCAAUCCAAGACCAGAACCAGAGGUUUCUGAUCGGCAUAAGAUGGGAAUCUGCUUCUCCGGUGCUCCAUCACUUCAUUCCUCUUCACUCAACCGCCCUCACUAUUCAGGUGCAUCAGACAUUCACGGCAACAUCGUCGAUAUCUCCGAAACCACAACCACCGAGAUCAGAAAGUACCGGUUUUCUGUGAGAGAAGACAUCUACAGCGAUCGCUCUCCUCUUCCUUUUACCGAUAGCCAAAUUCUGAAAUGGCCUGAGUUGAAGGUGUUCAGUUUUGAGGAGCUGAAAUCUGCCACAGGAAAUUUUAAAUCCGACAGAUUGGUCGGUGAAGGUGGGUUUGGCAGAGUUUACAAGGGAUGGUUGGAUGAGAACACCCUCACCCCCGCCAAACCAAGCUCUGGAGUUGAAGUUGCCAUCAAAAUGUUCAAACCGGGAGGUACUCAAGGGUUUACACAGUGGCAGUCUGAGGUAAACGUUUUAGGAAGACUUUCUCACCCCAAUGUGAUCAGGUUAUUGGGGUACUGUUGGGACGAGGAUCAGUUUCUUCUUGUGUAUGAGUUCAUGCCAAACGGAAGCCUCGAGUGGCAUCUCUUCAAAAGAAAUCAUGGCAUGGAACCCCUUUCGUGGAACACCCGGCUUAAAAUAGUUAUCGGUGCAGCUCGGGGAUUAGCUUUCUUGCAUACCAACGAAAAUAACGUCAUAUUCAGAGAUUUCAAGACCUCAAAUAUACUGCUGGACGGGAAUUACAAUGCAAAAUUAGCAGACUUUGGGUUGGCUAAAUUGGGACCAUCUGAGGGACAAUCACAUGCAACUACCGCGGUCAUGGGCACCGAUGGUUAUGCUGCUCCAGAAUAUAUGACAACAGAUUUUGGCUUGGCUAAAUUGGAACCGUUUGAGGGACAGUCACAUGUAACUACCAGUGUGAUGGGCACCUAUGGUUAUGCUGCACCAGAAUAUGUCGCAACAGGGCACUUGUAUGUGAAGAGUGAUGUGUAUGGAUUUGGUGUAGUGCUUCUUGAAAUACUUACAGGCAUGAGGGCACUUGACACAAGAAGGCUAACAGGGAAGCAGAACCUGGUUGAAUGGACCAAGCCCUAUCUCUCUUCCAAAAAAAAGUUGAAAAGAAUUAUGGAUGAUAAGAUAGAGGGUCAAUAUUCACCCAAAGCUGCAUUAGAAUUAGCACAACUUGCUUUAAAAUGCCUAGAGCAUGACCCUAAACAACGUCCUUCAAUGAAAGAAGUUCUUGAAGGAUUGGAAGCCAUUGAAAAUAUGCAUUGAAGAUACCCAACUUAUAUUUGUAGUUUUUCUUUCUUUCUUAAUUUUUGCUAGAUUGGUUUCAAGUUUAAAAAACAAAAUAAUCUUUAUCUAAAAAAAAUCAAAUGACCUAAGGAAUAGAUU